AUGGGAGACGCCGGUGGCUGGCUUCCGGGUUUAUCGUCGGAUGAGUUGCUUGUUCAGGGGUUGCCCACAGCCCCCGACACCGCGCGUGAGCCUGCCAAGACUGUGCGGACGAUUUUGGCGAAGAUACUGAGCGAUGUUCCUCUGCUUGAGCACACGAGUGCGGUGAAGCGAAGAGCAUGCUGUGAAGAGCUGGUCGCUAAACUGAAGGGGAUUGAGUCCAUCGAGCAGUGCAAUGCCCGAUCUUGCAGGUACCUGUUAGAUAAGCUACUGCGGUGUAUCAACGACUGGCACUUAGUGGCGUCAGAACUGCUGGCUGGGAUCAGGCAUUUAAUCCAACUAUUGGACAAGCUGUACGCCAAGAAAUCCUCCGCGACUGAGGAGGAAUUCUCUACGACCGAGGAGUAUACUAGUGAGCCGGCCAUGAACGAAGCGACCAGGAGCGAAGCGACCAGGAGCGAAGCGACCAGGAGCGAAGCGACCAGGAGCGAAGCGACCAGGAGCGAGGCGGAGAACACAAAUGCUACCGUCGUGCCGGAGUGCGGCGCAUCCGAGGGAGUUGCCUAUGACGCAUCGGACGGAGGUGAAAGAGAGGAUGUAAUAGCCGGGAGUAGAAUAGUGAACCAUCAACUGGUGUAUGUGGAGUACCCAGAAUGGUUGGUGCAGCCUCAUGAACAAUCCACUCAAUGGAGGAUAUCGCACCCGCAGGCAACUGACAAACCGUUGCUCGAUAUACCUGCUUGUUUGCGACCGCAGGUCAUUUUGGUGGCGGGUGUGUUGGUCAAUAUCGAUAUCUCGGUGUAUGGGGAAGUCAUGCGGCGACAGAUCACGUCCAUCAUGUCCAGCGCGUUGCAAGAGGAACCCGAGGCUUGCUUGUCGGCCUUCGGACCGGAGCGGUUUUUGAGGGAGAUCCUGGUGCAGACUUCAGGCGAGCGGGACCCCCAGGCAAUUCACUCUGUCUGCGAAGUGCUUUCCGUCGUCCAUAGACACUGCCCCUCCGCCUUCCCCACCGUUUCCCUGGUGCCGGAGCCGGCGCUGCACGUCGACCCGGUCCUCUCACAGGCAUUCGACGCCGUUUCCCCGGCCCUCAUGCAGCAUCUGAAUCCGCCACCGUCGCCGUCGGCGGCGCCACCGUCGUCGUCGAUGACACCCCCAGCUUCGGCUGACGCUACGGUUGACCUGCAGGCCGGUGGUUCGGGUCCGUCGGUGGGUGCUCCGGACGGUGUGCGUAUUCCGCGAGUGGUGAGUGCAAGUGGGUCGUCUCCGUCGUUGGCGGAGUCGGCAGGGGACGACUGGUGGAAGGAGCAGGAGUGUGCACGAGCGUUGCGGGACUUUUACGUGGGCGCGUUGCCUUCCUCAGACCCGGUGCUGUACCGGAGCGCGUUGGAGAGUUGUCCAAUGGACGUUUUGGCGGCCGUGUGGGAAGGUUGUUUGGAUAGUGUGGUGAUGGGCGACGGGGAGGAGGACGGGCUCCAACGUAUCGGUCGGCUUUUCCAGCUGAGCGCACUGGUGUGUCCCCGACGGCAACUACGACGAGCAUUCGUGCCGCUGGUGGAACUGCUCAAGCUCUGCUACUCCAAGGACGCCGGCGCAGUCGCCGGCCUGUCGGAUGAGAGCCUACACACGUUCGUUCGCAAUGUGAUCUUCCCCCUGGCCCUGCAAUACUGCGCCUUCGACCACCCAGCGGACGACUGCGACCAUACCCUGCCGUGCGACCGGGUGGCCGAACACCAGGACCAGGCGCUGCGGUCCUUUGUGGACACGUGGAAUGUGUUUAUGGGCAUGGGGAAGAUGCUGCGUUCCGCAUCGGCAUUGAAAAUGGGGCCCAAUUUCAUGGCCGAUACGUAUGUCUGUUUCAGGCACGUCGUGGAAACUGUGGCGUCAUCCGGGAUCGUAGGUAGCACCAUCGGCGCCGUCGUGGCGCUGCAGACGCUUCUGCCUUUCAUGGCAGCAGAAGUUCAAGAAUAUUCGCAUCUGUAUAACAAAAGUGGCUUCGCCAGCAGCACUGUAGCCAAGACCGCCGCCUGUCUGCUGCGAAUCAUGCGCAUCGCUCUCGCUCACUGGCACAACUACACACGGGGGACUGCCGGAGGACCGACUGUUGGGGGAGGACCGACUGUUGGGGGAGGAGCGACGGUUGGGGGAGGACCGACUGUUGGGGGAGGACCGACUGUUGGGGGAGGACCGACUGUUGGGGGAGGACCGACUGUUGGGGGAGGAGCGACUGUUGGGGGAGGACCGACUGCCGAAAAAGGGCCUGAGUGGUUUCAACCGGUUGUUCUAAACCUAUAUAAGUCAAUAGUCAUUGACUACCUGGAACCGGUGUGGAAGAAGGUUGCUCACUCCAUGGAACAGCUGCCGGAGAAGGACUCUGGCCGUCAGUCGUGGAACCAACUGGUGGACUGCACAAAAGCUCUACACACGAUGGUUGGCGGGUGCGAACAGGUCACCCGUGAGCAGGUCGAGAUUACGACCGCCACUCAGACCGACGAGGCCGUGGAAGCACAAGCCGGUGUGGGACCACAAGCCGGUGUCGCACCACAAGCCGGUGUCGCAGCCCAAGCCGGUGUUGCACUGUUGAACGAAGUUGAGGGAACCCCGUUGGAAGUGUGGGUGUGUAUACAAAAGCUAAAUAGUCGUCACCCUUAUGACUUAAGCACUAAGGAGAUCAUUGAUUUGCUGUUGUUCCGCAAGUACGUGAACAACGGUCUAGUAUCGGCCUACAGCGACGAAUGGUACCCUUCAGCGGACCUGUGGGACGACCUGAGCGCUGUGAGUGAGUAUUGCGUAGACUUGUUCAUCCGCUAUCAUAAUUCGAGCUUGCUCAAAGCGGCCAUUGCCGCGGAUGUGGACGUUCGCCGGGCUAUCAGCAGCAUUGACAAGUGCAGGGAGCCGGUGGACUUGGCGAUUUUGGACUAUCUGGCAGGCAACGAGCAUUUGGACCAGAAGGAAGUGUUGAUUGCGUCUUUUAAUCAAGAGCACUUCCCAGUGGGUCGCUGGCACGACGUGUUGUGCAAGUAUAAAAGACGGGAGCUGCUUAUCAAGGAGAUGGGCUCUUGGGCAACUCAAUGGAGUGACGCUCAAUGGAGUGAUACUCAAUGGAGUAACACUCAAUGGAGUGAUACUCAAUGGUGUAAGUAUUUGGUACUUUUGUUGUUGGAGGGAAGGAGUUCGGAGUUGGGUCGGCUCGUUGGCCGAGUGGAACAAGUGAAUCGGAUUGGUGCGGCUUGGAGGUACAGUCAGUUAUUGCUGGGCAGUCGGUUCCCGGUUCUUGCGUGUCCCAUUGACGUAUCUUUUGAGAGCGCGUUAUGGCUGGCGCAGAACCGCGAUGAAUUAUCUCAAGUAAAUGUGCCCAGAGACGCGGGGAAACAUUGGGAGCAAUACAGCGAUCGGUUGUUCUGGUCUUCCCGGUUGGCGGAGGCACCUGCUGCUGGGGAAUGCACGGGGGACGAAGCUACAAAAAAGGUGGAGGAUAAAGUGCUGCAUUCCGAAGUGCUGGGGGACGAGUGUGCAGAAUUGCUACGUCUGGAAUACAUCCGCCGAAUGCAGAAUACGUCGUCAACGGGCGCUAUGUCGUCACCAUUGACGGGUGCUGUAUCGUUAAUGAGUAUGCGGUCGGGAAAGACAAAGCGUAGUGCCUUUUUUAGGAGCCUGUAUUCAGCCCUGCAAAAAUAUUUUUAG